ACAAACCAUUUUCUUCUCAAUUUGCUUCUGCUUUCCCACUCAUCUUCAGUUCCACUGUUACCCAUAUAUACAUAUACAUACCUCUAUUGUAUAUAUAUAGAAAAAGUGUGUGUGUGUGUGUGUGAGGGAGAGAGAAAUAGAGAUAGAGGGAGGUAGAUGGCAUUGAAUAGGGCUGGAUCGUGUAAUCCGGCCGUCGUGAAGAUCGGAAUUACUUUCUUGGGGCUGUGUUUGGUGGGUUAUCUACUAGGUCCACCUUUAUACUGGCAUGUUCUUGAAGGGUUAGCCGCCGUACGCCGCUCGUCCUCCGCCGCUUCCUGCCCUCCCUGCAAUUGCGACUGCGAUUCUCAGCCGCUCCUCUCCAUUCCUCAAGCAUUAAGCAAUGGUUCAUUCACAGAUUGUGCAAAACAUGACCCUGAAGUAACUGGAGACACAGAGAAGAAUUUCUCAGAGCUUCUAUCAGAAGAACUAAAGCUUCGUGAAGCCGAAUCUUUAGAAAGUCAACAACAUGCUGACAUGGCACUUCUUGAAGCCAAAAAGUUAACAUCACAGUAUCAGAAAGAAGCUGACAAGUGUAAUUCAGGAAUGGAAACUUGUGAAGAAGCGCGCGAAAAAGCCGAAUUGGCUUUAUUGUCACAAAAACAACAAACUGAAAUGUGGGAAUUAAGAGCUCGACAAAAAGGAUGGAAGGAAAACGGCAAUGCAAGGUCUGUAAACACCAUAUGAAUGAUAUUCAUAUCUGAAGAGUGUUUUAGGUCUUUGUUAGAUUUAUUUAUUAUUGGGGUUUUGUUAUAUUUAGGCAACCAACUUGUGCCAUUUUUUUUACACUUUUUUAAGUCAUGAAAGUUGUAA